AUGGAUUUGCCUUUCGAUGUCAGUGAAACGCCAGUUUAUGAGCUCGCAGUGACGGCACAAUUUCUCCAUCACAUUGCAUCCGCGAUCACUUUUGGUAUUUUCACUGCUCUCCUUGUAAUGGCGAUAUUACAUGUGGGAUGUCAUGUCGACGUAUUGUGCCACAUACUAACGACUGCAUCUUCCGAAGAUAAUGGACAAUUACGAUUCGUCGUUAGCAGGCAUCAGGAAAUCAUCGUAUUUACGAAGAAAGUUGAAAAACUCUUCACGUACAUAGCUUUAAGUCAACUGGUGUCGAACACUCUGAUCACAUGCUGCGUAGGAUUUCUUGUUGCAAUUUCAAUCCAGAUGGAAAAUGGACUUCCCCUAAUGAUAAAGUCUAUCGUGUUUUAUUUCGUAAUUUCUUUGGAAGUGUUCAUAUACUGUUUCGCUGGAGAGUAUCUCGACACUAAAAGUGAUCUACUGGGAAAUGCUGCGUAUAAUUCGCUCUGGUAUGAUUCAGAAAGUAGCAAAAGUCGCCUAAUAGUGCUUUUAUUGUUAAGAUCUCAGAAAGGAUUUCCCCUUACAUUCGGAAAAUUUUCGACUCUUAAUUUGGAAAGCUUCACUGGU